AUGAUUGAUGCCGUUAACUUUAUUCGUCGUCGCACACAAGUCAAAAACAUUACAGCCGAAGAGGCGAAACUUAUUUAUACUAUUUGCGGUUUUGAGACAGCUUGGAAUCAUCGCCGAGAUCUAUCGGUGUGGUGUAAUCUCUUUAAUCGGGACACAAUCAAAGCAUUAGAAUUUUUCGAAGAUCUGGAGUAUUAUUGGAACGAUGGUUAUGGUUAUGAACUGACGCAUCGCAUGGCCUGUGCUGCAAUGGAAAAUAUGUUUGAAUAUAUUGACCCGAAUUCGCACAAACCAAAUGCCACAUUUUACUUUACACAUUCUGGCACAUUGCUGAAGGUUUUGGCACACCUGGGUCUCUACAAAGAUGCAGAACCUUUAACAUAUCGGGACUUUAAACGUGAACGCGCUUGGCGCACUAGUGUGAUUGACGCGUUUGCUACCAAUUUAGCUUUUGUGCUAUAUGAAUGUAAUAGAGAAAAUGGUUCAAUGGUUUUAACAUUGCAUCAGGAACGCCCGAUUCGGCUACCCGGCUGCCCACAGGAUCAAGACCUUUGCAGCUUAAAAGCGUUAAAAGAUCAGUAUACCCAAAUUAUAGCAAAUUGCAAUUUAAAAGAGAUGUGUCACAUUGAACGGGAGUCGGACGAAGUUUUGAAAGACAAAUGA